AUGGAAACCAUCUUCGUGGCAGCGUUGGUGUCGCUACUGUACGCAAUCCUCAACAUCUGCCGGUACCUCCACCGGAAAUCCCACCAACGCAGCUGCUGCUACAUGCUGGCCUACCAGUGCCACGUGGCCCCCGACGAUCUCAAGCUCAGCACGGGGACCUGCUCCAAGAUCGUCCUCCGCAACCACAACCUGGGCAUGGAGGAGUUCCGGUUCCUCCUCAAGACCAUCAUCAGCUCCGGCGUCGGCGAGGAGACCUACUGCCCCGCCAACAUCCUCCAAGGCCGCGAAACCACCCCGUCGCUCCACGACUCCCUCCAGGAGACGGACGACGUCGUCUUCUCCACCCUCGACAACCUCUUCGCCACCUCGGGGAUCUCCCCUUCCCAGAUCGACAUCCUCGUCACCACCGUCUCCCUCUUCGCCCCGUCGCCUUCCAUCUCGUCGCGGAUCGCGAACCGCUACAAGAUGAAGGAAGGGGUGCAGUCGUUCAGCCUGGCCGGGAUGGGGUGCAGCGCCAGCCUGGUGGGGAUCGAUCUGGUGCGGCGCAUGUUCACCGUGCACCCCAACGCCUUCGCCCUCGUGGUCAGCACCGAGAACAUCGGGGCCCACUGGUACCAAGGGAAGGACCGCUCCUUCAUGCUCUCCAACGUCCUCUUCCGAACCGGCGGCGCCUCGGUCCUCCUCACCAACGACCCGAGCUGGAAGGACCGGGCCAUCCUCAACCUCGUCGCCAGCGCACGGACCCACCUCUCAAGCGACGAGGCGUACGGGGCCGCGCUGCAAGUGGAGGACGACCAAGGCUACCGAGGGUUCCGCCUCUCCAAGGACCUCCCCCGAGCCGCGGUCCAGGCGCUGGUGCGCAACUUCCGCGUCCUGCUCCCCAGGGUGCUCCCCGCCUGGGAGAUCGCUCGAUACGUCGUCGUUUACAGCUACACGUUUUGUAAACGGAGGAGGAGGAGGACGCCGCUGAUCAACAUGAAGUCAGGGAUCCAGCACUUCUGCGUGCACCCAGGGGGAAGGGCGGUGAUCGACGGCGUGGGGAGGAGCCUGGGGCUUGGGGAGGAGGACCUGGAACCUUCUAGAAUGACGCUGCAUCGGUUCGGGAACACGUCGUCUGGCGGGCUGUGGUACGUUUUGGGGUACAUGGAGGCGAAGAAGCGGCUGCGGAGAGGGGAGAGGGUGCUGAUGAUUAGCCUGGGAGCGGGGUUUAUGUGCAACAGCUGCGUGUGGGAGGUUUUGAGGGACGUGGGGGAUGUGAACGUGUGGGGGGAUUGCAUUCAACGGUAUCCUCCUCUGACGUUGGUCAAUCCUUUCGCUGAUAAGUUCGAUUGGAUCCACGAGGAUUACAUGAACUUCAUCAGGCUUGAAGAUUAUGACCGCGCGCAGUUCGACAUGUAG